AUGAUUAAGCCGCUCACAAAAACCACUCGUCGAGAAAGUAAAAUGGAACAUCCCAGUCCCAAAACACCACCAAAAUGGGGAUGGAUUCAAGCGGUAAAUGUGGCAAAAGAAAGAUUGAGUAGGAGUCCAACUAGGGAUAAGGAGAACGUGGUGGAUAGCGAUUGGGAUAGAGGAAGAGAUAGUCCUGAGAGUCUAGGGCUGUAUGAUCAAGAUGGAUUCUUGAGAACUUCACCGGAACGAACGACUGUAGAUGCGGAUCAGGAUGAGAAUAGUAGGGGAAGAGUAAGGCGAGCGACGGCUAAUGCGUUUACUGGAGAUUUGAUGGAGCAGAAAAUGAGAGAGAGGUUAUCUGCGCACAUAGUUACGUCAUAA